AAAUAAGGUCGGCGGAGGCGGAGCUGCUGGGCUCGGCGCUUUGCAGGUAGUCCCAGCCGUAGAUCGCCGCGGAAAGGAGUUUGCGGGUCAGCUUUCUGAUCGAAGGGCCGGUGCGGUUUUUGUCAGCCUUCUCUGGCCAAAAAGAGCUGCUCCUCCUGAGACGAGUUAUUUACCAAGCAUUGGAGUAAUAUUGUAGAUAAAAAUGCCUAUUGGAGGCAAAGAGAGGCCGACUUUUUUUGAAAUUUUUAAGACGCGGUGCAGUGAAGCAGAUUUAGGACCAAUAAGUCUUAAUUGGUUUGAAGAACUUUCUUUAGAAGCUCCACCCUAUAAUUCUGAACCCACAGAAGAAUCUGGGUAUAAAAUCAGUUAUGAACCAAACCUAUUUAAAACACCACAAAGGAAAACUUAUCAUCAGUUGGCUUCAACUCCAGUAAUAUUCAGAGAGCAAAGUCUAAUUGUGCCAAUGUACCAACAAUCUCCUUUAAAAGAAUUAGAUAAAUACAGGUUAGACUCAGGAAAGGAUAUUACCAAUAGUAAACAUAAAAGUUGUUGCACAAGGAAGUCUAAAAUGGAUCAAACAAAUGAUGUUACCAGCCCACCUCUAAAUUCUUGUCUUAGUGAAAGUCCUGUUCUACGAUGUGCACAUAUAACACCGCAAAGAGAGAAGUCGGUGGUAUGUGGAAGCUUAUUUCAUACACCGAAGCUUAUGAAGGGUCAGACACCGAAACGUAUUUCUGAAAGUCUAGGAGCUGAGGUGGAUCCUGAUAUGUCUUGGUCAAGUUCUUUAGCCACACCACCAACCCUUAGUUCUACUGUGCUAAUAGUCAGAGAUGAGGAAGCAUCUGCAGCUGUAUUUCCUAAUGACACUACUGCCACUUUUAAAAGCUGUUUUUCUAACCAUGAUGAAAGUCUGAAGAAAAAUGAUAGGUUUAUCCCUUCUGGGCCAGACAAAGAAAACAAAAAUCAAAGAGAAGCUAAAAGUCAAGGUUUGGGGAAAAUGUUAGGGAAUUCAUUUGGUAAAGUAAAUAGCUGCAAAGACCAUUUUGGAAAGUCAACACCAAAUGUCCUAAAAGAUGAAGUACAUGAAACAGUUGCAGAUGUUUCUGAAGAAGAUAGUUUUUCAUUAUGUGUUCCUAAAUAUAAAACAAGAAAUCUACCAAAAAUAAAAACUAGCAAGACUAGGAAAAAUAUUUUCAGUGAAACAAAAUGUGAAGAAGCUAAAAAGCAAAUGAAAGAAGAUAAACAUUCAUUUUUAUCUGAAAUGGAACCAAAUGACAGUGAUCCAUUAGAUUGGAAUGUAACAAAUCAGAAGCCCUUUGGGAAUGGAAGUGAGAAAAUCUCCAAGGAAGUUGUACCGUCUUCAGCCUCUGAAUGGCCCCACCUAACUCUCUCAGGUCUAAGUGGAACCCAGAUGGAGAAAACACCUCUACUGCAUAUUUCUUCUUGUGACCAAAAUAAUUCAGAAAAAGACUUCACAAUCACAGAGAAAGAAAGCACCAACUUUAUAACUUUGGAAAAUUCUUUGCCACAGAUUUCAAGUGUACCAAAGUAUUCAGAGAUGACAUUAAAAGAGGAAACAGUGGUAAAUAAGAUAGAUGAAGGGCAGUGUCUUGGAUCCCAUGAAGAUUCCAUUCCUUCAGUAAAGCAAGCAAUAUCUGAAACUACUCUAAUAGCUUCUCCACAUCAGGGUAUCAGAAAGUCUAUAUUCAGAAUAAGAGAAUCACCUGAAGAGACGUCCAGUGCAGUGUUCUCAAAUAAUAUGACUGAUCCAAACUCUAAAGAAGAACCUGAAGCCCCUGAAAGUGGAUUGGAAAAACAUACUAUUUGCUCACAGAAAGAGGAUUCUUUAGGUUCAAUUGAUAAUGGAAGCUGGCCAGCCACUCUCAAACAUACUUCUGUAGCUUUGAAGAAUUCGGGUUUAAUAUCCACUUUGAAAAAGAAAACAAAGAAGUUUAUUUAUGUUAUAAAUGAUGAAACAUCUUAUCAAGGACUGAAAACGCAGAAAGACCAGGAAUCGGGACUAACCAACCAUUCGGCCGUAUUUGAAGCAAACGCUUUUGAAGGACCACUGACAUUUACAAAUGCUGAUUCAGGUUUAUCACAUUCUUCUUCUAUCAGAAAAAACUGUUUACAGAAUGAUUCUGAAGAACCAACUGUGUCUUUAGCCAGCUCUUUUGGGACAAUUCUGAGAAAAGUUUCCAAUAAUGGAACCAGUUCUAAUAAUAAAACAGUACCUCAGGAUCUUGAUUAUAAAGAAACAAAAAUUAAUAAGGAAAAACUGCAGUCAUUUAUAACCACAGAAACUGAUUGUCUGUCAUCCUUGCAGGAAGAACCCUGUGAAGAUGAUGCAAAAAGUCAAAGAGUUUCAGAUAUAAAAGAAAAGGUCUUGCCUGCAGUAAGUCACCCUCCUGUGCCACAUUCAGAAGUGGAAGGUGGUGGUAUUCACUUUCAAUCUCCGGAAAGCUUUUCAUCUGACCAUGGUAAUACCAGUCUGUUAACUCCUAGCUCCAGGGAUCCUCCAUCAAACCCGGUCAUGAUCUCUAGAGGAAAAGAAUCAUAUAAAAUGUCAGAGAAACUAAAAUGUAAGAAUCAUGAAGCUGGUUUUGAAUUAACCAAAAAUAUUUCCAUGGAAAAUAAUCAAGAAAUACAUGUUUUAAAUGCAAAUUCUAAAAAUGCUAAGCUGUUGUCAACUGAAAAAUAUGUAACAGUAGCAUCCCCUUCAAUGAAGGUACAAUUCAACCAAAAUGCAAAUCUCACUGCAAUCCAAAAAGACCAAAAAGAAGCUACUUUAAUUUCAAAAAUAGCUGUCAGUCCAAACUCUGAAGAACUUUUCCCAGAUGAUAAUUUUGUCUUAGAGAUAACUGAUGAAAGUAAUAUUUCUGGUUUAGGAAAUAUUAAGGAACUUCAUGAUUCAGACCUCUGUUGUGUAAGAGAACCUGUUCUCAAGAACUCUACCACGGUGGUGUAUACAGACAUAGAUGACAAACAAGCGACCAAAGUGUCGAUUAUGAAAGACUUUGAUUCAUCAAACAUAGAUGAUCUUACAGAAAAGAACAGAAAUAGCAUAAAGCAGCAACUAAAAAUGACUCCAGAUCAAGAUUCAAAAUCAGAUAUCACCUUGGAUAUAGUUAGGAAAUCAAAUGGAAAUAAUGAUUACAUGAAUAAUUGGUCAAAACUGUCAGAUCCAAUUUCAAAUCACAGUUUUGGAAAUGGCUUCAGAACAGCUUCUAAUAAAGAGAUAAAACUCUCGGAACACAACAUUAGGAAAAGUAAAAUGCUCUUCAAAGAUAUUGAAGAACGUUAUCCUACUAACUUAGCAUGUAUUGAAAUUGUAAAUACCUCAUCAUUAGAAAGUCAAAAGAAAUUAAGCAAACCUCUUGCACUUGAUCCACAGUCAAUUAAUAGUGUAUCUGGGUUUGUGCAGAGUAGCAUAUAUGUUUCUAAUAGUGAAAGUGGUCACACAGCUCCUCCAACUUUAAAGCGAGAUUUUAAUUUAAAUCAUAAUUUAACACCUAGCCAAAAGGCAGAAAUUACAGAACUUUCUACUAUUUUGGAAGAAUCAGGAAGUCAGUUUGAAUUUACACAGUUUAGAAAACCAAGCCACAUAAUACAGAAAAAUCCAUUUGAAAUGCCUGAAAACCAGCUGACUGUCUUGAAUAGCACUUCUGAGGAAUGCAGAGAUACUGAUCUUCAUCUCACAAUUAAUGCCCCAUCUAUCAUUCGGGUAGAUAGCAGUAAGAAAUCUGAAGGUAUACUUGGAGGUAAGCAGAAGUUUGCUUGCUUGUCGAGAACCAACUGUAACAGAAGUGCUUCUGGCUGUUUGACAGAUAAAAAUGAAGUGGAGUUUAGAGGCUUUUAUUCUGCUCGUGGCACAAAACUGAAUGUUAGUAGUGAAGCAUUGCAAAAAGCUAAGAAGCUGUUCAGUGACCUUGAUAUCAGUGAGGAAACUUCUGUAGAAGUAGAUACAAUAAGUUUCUCCUCAAGUAAAUGUAAUGAUUCUGCUGUUUCAAUGAUUCAGAUAGAAGAUUGUAACAAUGAUAAAAAUUUAAAUGAGAAAAAUAAUAAAAGCCAACUAAUACUAGAAAAUAAUAUUGAAAUGACUGCUGGCAUUUUUGUUGAAGAAAAUACUGAAGGUUACAAGAGAAAUACAGAAAAUGAAGAUAAUCAGUAUACUAGUGCCAGUGGAAAUACUCAUAACUUAGAAUCUGUUGGCAGUGAUUCAAGUAAAAAUGAUACAGUUGAUAUUCAUGAAGAAGAAAACAGUUUGCCAUGUAUUGAUCACAACAUAGAUCUAAAAUUAUCUAGCCAGUUUAUGAAGGAGGGAAACACUCAAAUUAAAGAAGGUUUGUCAGAUUUAACCUGUUUGGAAGUUGCACGAGCUGAAGAUACAUUUCAUGUUGAUAUGUCAGAUAAGCAGCAGUUCACAGCUAAUACAAUGAGGCAAAACAUAAAAGAUUUUGACAUUUUUGAUUUAUCCUUUCAGACUGCAAGUGGGAAAAAUAUGAGGGUCUCCAAAGAGUCAUUAAAUAAAGUUAUAAAUCUCCUUGAUCAAAAAUGGACAGAAGAAGAAUUGAAUAACUUUUCAGAUUCCUUGAAUUCUGAAUUACUUUCUGGCAUAGAUACCAACAAAAUAGACAUCUCAAGUCAUGAGAAAACAGAAAAUACUGAAAGAAAAGACAAAAUAAUGAAAGCAAGUGACCUAACUGGUACUGAAAAUAAAUUACUGACCCUCCAGCAAAGACCAGAAAGUGAAAUCAAAAAGAUCAAAGAACCUACUAUGUUGGGUUUCCAUACAGCUAGUGGGAAAAAAAUAGAAAUUGCAAAGGAAUCUUUGGACAAAGUGAAAAAUCUUUUUGAUGAAAAAGAGCAGGAUAAUAGUGGAAUCACUAAUUUUAGCCUUCAAGGGGCAAAGAUGUCCAAGGACAGAGAGGAAUAUAAAGAUGGGCUUGAAUUAGCAUGUGAGACAAUUGAAUUAACAACUGCCCCAAAGUGUGAAGAAAUGCAGAAUUCUUUAGAGGAGGAAAAACUUGUUUCUAAUGAGGUUGCAGUGGCACCUAGGCUCUUAAGUGAUAAUUUAUACAAACAAACUGAAAAUCUUAAAAUAUCAGAUCGUGCCUCUCUGAAAGUUAAAGUACAUGAAAAUAUAGAAAAAGAAACAGCAAAAAAGCCUACAAUUUAUAUAAAUCAAUCCACUUAUUCAGCCAUUGAAAAUUCACCUUUAGCAUUUUACACAGAACAUGGUAGAAAAAUUUCUGUGAGUGAAGCUUCACUAUUUGAAGCAAAAAAAUGGCUUAGAGAAGGAGAAUUGGAUGAUCAACGAGAAAAAAUAAAUGCUGCUAAGGUGAUCUGUUUAAAAGAAUAUCCUGAUAAUUACGUAGAAAAUGUUUCAUGUGGAAAUAGUUCAAGUAGUACCAUAACUGAAAAUGACAAAAAUCAUCUUUCUGAAAAACAAGGCCCAACUUAUUUAAGUAAUAGUACCAUGUCAAACAGGUAUUCAUACCAUUCAGAUUUUUGUCAUUCCAGUGAGGUAUAUAAUAAAUCAGAGUAUCUUUCAAAAAAUAAAGUUGAUACUUCUGGUAUUGAGCCAGUAAUAAACAAUGUUAAGGAGGGAGAAAACACUAGUUUUUCUGAAAUGAUGUCCACUGUAAGAGAAGCAGACACAGACCCACAAAUUGUAAAUGAAGAUAUUUGUGUUCAGAAACUUGUGACUAACUCUUCAUGCAAAAAUGAAAAUGCACCCAUUAAAGUGGCCAUAUCUGACUCAGAUAAUUUUAAUUCCAUUCAAAAACUGAAUCCUAAUUCAAAUAAUGCUGUACCCGCAUACAGUAGAGCAAGUAGUUUUGUUGCACACCAGUUAAAAGUGACAGAGGGAUUUACAGACAACUGCAGUAUGGUAAUUAAGCAAAACACCAAGAGUAAAUCAGACACUCACUAUGCGAAAAUUAUGGCAGGUUAUCCUAACGCACUGGAUGACUCAGAGGAUAUUAUUUUUACAAACUCUCUGGAUGAUGCAGAACAUGGUUCAUCUUCACAUAAGGUUUUUGCUGACAUUCAAAGUGAAAAAACUUUACAACUUAACCAAAGUAUAUCUGGAUUGGAGAAAGUUUCUGAAAUACCACCUUGUCAGAAUAAUUCCAAAACUUCUGAUAUAUGUAAACUUAGUACAGGGAAGCUUCCCAAGUCUGUCUCUUACACGAAUGCUUGUGGGAUUUUUAGCACAGCAAGUGGAAAAUCUGUACAAGUAUCAGAUGCUGCAUUACAAAAGGCAAGGCAGGUGUUUUCUAAGAUAGAAGAUAGUGCCAAGCAACUCUUUCCCAAAGUAUCAUUUAAAAAUAAUGAACAUUCAGACAAGUUCGCAAAUGAAGAAAAUGCUAUGCUACACACCUCCCAAAAUUUACUAUCAUCUGCUGUCUUUGGAUUUAGCACAGCAAGUGGGAAACAAGUUCCAGUUUCUGAAAGUGCCUUAUGCAAAGUUAAGGGAAUGUUAGAAGAAUUCGAUCUGAUCAGAACUGAAUGUGGUCUUCAGCAUUCAUCUACAUCUAGACAAGAUGUAUCAAAAAUACCUCCUCCCUCUUGUAUUGAUAAGAGAACCCCAGAACAUUGUGGAAACUCCAAAUUGGAAAAGGCUUACAAUAAAUUUAAAUUAUCAAGUGACUGUAACGUUGAGAGUGGUUCUUCAGAAAAUCAUUGCUCCAUUAAAGUUUCUCCAUGUCCCUCUCAGCUGAAGCAAGACAAACAGCAAUUGCUACUGGGAAGCAAAGUAUCUCUUGUUGAGAACGUUCAUCUUUUGGGGAAAGAACAAGCUUUACCUAAAAAUACAAAAACAGAAAUUGGGAAAACUGAAACUUUUCCUAAUCUUCCUGUGAAAACAAAUACAGAAAUUUGUUCUACUUACUCCAAGGAUCCAGAAAACUAUUUGGAAACAGAAACGGUAGAGAUUGCCAAAGCUUUUAUGGAAGAUGGUGAGCUGACAGAUUCUGAACUGCUAAGUCACACCAAACACUCUCUUUUUACACGCCAAAACACUGAGGAAAUGGUUUUGUUAAAUUCAAGAAUUGGAAAAAGAAGAGGAAAUGCACUUGUCUCAGUUGGAGAACCCCCAAUUAAAAGAAACUUGUUAAAUGAAUUCGACAGGAUAAUAAAAAAUCAAGAAAAAUCCCUAAAAUCUUCGAAAAGCACUCCAGAUGGCAUCCUAAAAGACAGAAGCUUGUUUAUGCAUCAUAUUUCUUUAGAGCCAAUUACCUGUGGACCCUUUCGCACAACUAAGGAACGGCAAGAAAUGCAAAAUCCAAAUUUCACCACACCUGGUCAAGAAUUUUUGUCUAAAUCUCAUUUUUAUGAACACCUGGCUUUGGAAAAAUCUUCAAGCAAUUUAUCAGUUUCAGGGCAGCCAUUCUGUACAGUUCCUGCCACAAGAAAUGAAAAAAGGAGACACUUGAAUACUCCAGGCAAACCAGUGAAAGUCUUUGUCCCACCUUUUAAAACUAAAUCACAUUUUCACAGAGAUGAACAGUGUAUUAGCAAGAAUACUAAUUUGGAAGAAAACAAACAAAACCCAAAAAACAUAGAUGAACAUGGCCCUGGUGAUAGUGAAACAAAUAUUAAUGACAGUGAAAUUCAUCAGCUUAAGAAAAAUAACUCCAAUCAAGCAGCAACUAUAAUAGUCACAAAGUGUGAAAAAGAACCUUUAGAUUUAACUUCAAAUCUUCAGAAUGCCAGAGAUAUACAGGAUAUGCGGAUUAAAAAGAAACAAAGGCAGCACAUUUUUCCACAGCCAGGUAGCCUGUAUCUUGCAAAAACCUCCACUGUGCCUAGAAUCUCUCUGAGAGGAGCAGUGGAAGGCCGAGUCCCCUCUGCGUGUUCUCAUAAACAGCUCUAUAUGUAUGGCGUUUCCAAACAUUGUGUAAAAAUUAACAGCAAAAAUGCAGAAUCUUUUCAGUUUCACACUCAGGAUUAUUUUGGUAAGGAAGGACUAUGGUCUGGAGAGGGAAUACAGUUGGCUGACGGUGGAUGGCUCAUACCCUCCAAUGAUGGAAAGGCUGGAAAAGAAGAAUUUUAUAGGGCUCUGUGCGACACCCCAGGUGUGGAUCCAAAUCUUAUUUCUAGAGUUUGGGUGUAUAAUCACUACAGAUGGAUUAUAUGGAAACUGGCAGCUAUGGAAUUUGCCUUUCCUAAGGAAUUUGCUAAUAGGUGCCUAAGCCCAGAAAGGGUGCUUCUUCAACUAAAAUACAGAUAUGAUGUGGAAAUUGAUAGAAGCAGAAGAUCAGCUAUAAAAAAGAUAAUGGAAAGGGAUGACACAGCUGCAAAAACACUUGUUCUCUGUAUUUCUGAAAUAAUUUCAUCAAGCACAGAUAUAUCUGAAACUUCCAGCGGUAAAACUAGCAGUGUGGGUACCAGAAAAGUGGGCAUUGUCGAGCUCACGGAUGGAUGGUAUGCUAUUAAGGCCCAGUUUGAUCCUCCCCUAGCAGCUCUCGUAAAGAACGGUAGACUGACCAUCGGUCAGAAGAUCGUUAUUCAUGGGGCAGAACUGGUGGGCUUUCCUGAUGCCUGCACACCGCUCGAAGCCCCAGAAUCUCUUAUGUUAAAGAUUUCUGCUAACAGUACUCGUCCUGCUCGCUGGUAUGCCAAACUUGGAUUCUCUCCUGAUCCUAGGCCUUUCCCUCUCCCCUUGUCAUCACUUUUCAGUGAUGGAGGAAAUGUUGGUUGUGUUGAUGUAGUUGUUCAAAGAGCAUACCCAAUACAGUGGAUGGAGAGGACCCUAUCUGGAAUAUGCGUAUUUCGGAAUGAACGAGAGGAAGAAAAGGAGGCAACAAAAUAUGCAGAAGCCCAACAAAAGAAACUAGAAGUUUUAUUCAAUAAAAUUCAAGGGGAAUUUGAAAAGCACGACGAAAAUAUAACAAAACGAUGUAUACCAUCAUGUGCAUUAACAAGACAGCAAGUCUGUGCUCUGCAAGAUGGUGCAGAGCUUUAUGAAGCAGUGACGAAUGCACCAGACCCGAGUUAUCUGGAGGGUUACUUUAGUGAAGAGCAGUUAAGAGCCUUGAAUAAUCACAGACAGAUGUUGAAUGAUAAGAAGCAAGCACAGAUCCAGUUGGAAUUCAAGAAGGCUAUGGAAUCUGCUGAGCAAGGAGAACAAAUUUUAUCAAGGAAUGUUACAACCGUGUGGAAGUUGCGUAUCAUAAGCUAUGGGAAAAAAGAAAAAGAUUCAGUUACACUGAGUAUCUGGCGUCCAUCAUCAGAUUUAUAUUCCCUGUUAACAGAAGGAAAGAGAUACAGAAUCUAUCAUCUUGCAACAUCACAAUCUAAAAGUAAAUCUGAAAAAGCUAACAUACAGCUAACAGCAACAAAGAAAACCCAGUAUCAACAACUACCGGCUUCAGAUGAAAUCCUAUUCCAAGUUUAUCAGCCGAGGGAGCCCCUUUACUUCAGCAAAGUAUUGGAUCCAGACUUCCAACCACCUUGUUCUGAGGUGGACCUAAUAGGAUUUGUAGUUUCUGUUGUGAAAAAAAUAGGUCUUGCUCCUUUGGUCUAUUUGUCAGAUGAAUGCCAUAAUUUAUUGGCAAUAAAGUUUUGGGCCGACCUUAACGAGGACAUUAUUAAACCUCACACAUUAAUUGCUGCAAGCAACCUCCAGUGGCGACCAGAAGCCAAAUCAGGAAUUCCUACUUUAUUUGCUGGAGAUUUUUCCAGGUUUUCUGCCAGUCCAAAGGAGGGCCAUUUUCAACAGCUAUUCCACAAAAUGAAAAACACUAUCGAGAAUAUUGGUGUGUUUUGCAAUGAUGCAGAAAACAAACUUAUGCAUAUACUUAAUGCAAAUGCUCCCAAGUUGUCCACCCCGAAUAAAGACUGUGCUUCAGGGCCACACACUGCUCAAACAGUCCUUGGCAUGGGAAAUAAAUUUCUGAUGUCUUCUCCCAGUAGUGAGAUGAAUUACCAGAGUCCUUCAUCACUUUGUAAGCCAAAAGAGAAGUUUGUUCCCACACCUGGAUCAGCCCAAAUGAUUUCAAAGUCUUACUGUAAAGGGGAGAAAGAGAUGGAUGACCCAAAAAGCUGCAAGAAGAGAAAAGCUUUGGAUUUUUUGAGUAGACUGCCUUUACCCCCACCUGUCAGUCCCAUUUGUACAUUUGUUUCUCCAGCUGCACAGAAGGCCUUUCAGCCACCACGGGCUUGCGGCACCAAAUACGAAACACCUAUAAAGAAGAAAGAGUUGAAUUCUCCUCAGAUGACUCCACUUAAAUUUAGUGACCUUUCCCUUUUGGAAAGUGAUUCAAUAGCAGACGAAGAACUCGCAUUGAUAAACACUCAAGCCCUUUUGUCGGGUCCCGCAGGAGAAAAUCAACUUAUGUCUCUCAGUGACUCCCCUAGGACUGCUCCCGAGAGCUCAAAGGAUUUUCUGAGGCAGAAAAGGCAUUCUGCUGCAUCUGGGGUCACAGGAUGCGGGAGCCCCCAGGCCCUCACCGAAGAGCGGGAGACCAAUGUGCAGGACGCAAGUACAGUGAAAAGGGCAUCUAUGAGACUGCAAAGGCGACAAAAACAAAAAUGACAAUAAAUCAGUUACUGACUAAGCCUUUCCAAUUUGUAGAAAAUGCAGCUUCAGCCUAUCAGGAUUUGCAUCAAGUACAUCAGGAUUUGCAUGAGAAAAAAAGGACACAGUCCCAAAUCUCCCUGUGUGCUUGUCUAUCUCAGGAAUGCGCCUGGCCUGUCUCUGUAACGAUAUACUUUAAUCUCAGUUACAUGUCCGAAAAUUGACUGUGUAUUUAUUUACUAACCAAUCAAGAAAAAAAAUCUUUAAAUCUUUAUCACUGGAUUUGAUCACUGGAUUUGAUCAGGUGUAUUUUACAAAGUAAACAUACCUUUCUCUUUAAAUUGUGUCCUUAAUUAAGUGAAACUAGGUUUCUAAGUACAGUUAUUUUGACUCCUGUAAUUCCUUUUAGUUUAGUUCCUAUUUUAGGUGGUUUGGUUUGGUUUGGUUUGGUUUUUUCAGAGGUAACCCACUAUGAACCACUUUUCCUUAACGAAUGUUGGUUCUCUUAUAGUUCUAUCCUGAUCAAAAAUCAGAGGGAGUAAGAAACAACAGUGGUGUUUUCCUUAGACCAAUUCUUCAACCUUAAGUCAGCAUAACUGCAAGAAAAACAGAAUCUUCAAUGUAAUUCCUUUUUAUGAUUCCAGUGUGAUCGCUGAAUUAUUUUAAUUAAAAAUUCAAAUGCUUU